UGACCGAGGCGGACAACUACUUCGCGAUGUCGGAAAAUCAAGAAACCUGUGAACUGACUCUGCCCCUCGGCAAGAUCAAGGGCGUUAAACGUCAGAGCCUCUAUGACGACAACUACUAUAGUUUCGAGAAGAUCCCCUUUGGAAAGCCUCCGUUGGGAGAAUUACGGUUUAAAGCUCCCCAGCCGGCUGAUCCAUGGAGUGGGGUAUUGGAUUGCACUCACUAUGCGGAGAAGCCUUUCCAAAAAAGUUUUAUGACAGGCGAUAUCGAAGGAGCCGAAGACUGUUUGUAUCUGAAUGUCUAUGCCAAACAGCUAAAGACUGACAAACCUCUACCCGUAAUGGUCUAUAUUUACGGUGGGGCCUUCACCGUGGGCGAGGCUACACGGGAAAUCUACGGGCCGGACUAUUUCAUGGCCAAAGAUGUUGUCCUGGUAACACUCAAUUACCGUUUAGAUGUUUUUGGUUUUCUGUCCCUCAAGGAUCCCAGCGUGAAGGUACCCGGAAAUGCUGGCCUUAAGGAUCAAGUCUUGGCCCUCAAGUGGGUCAAAAAGUACAUCUCGAACUUUAAUGGGGAUGAGAAUAAUAUCACCGUUUUUGGCGAAAGUGCCGGCGGUUGCUCCACGCAUUUUAUGAUGUGCACAGAACAGACCCGGGGCCUCUUCCACAAGGCCAUCCCCAUGUCAGGAACCGUGCAUAAUUAUUGGGCGAAUAGUCCUACUGAGGACUUUGCCUUCCGGCUGGCGCAACAAAAUGGCUAUACUGGCGAAAAUGUCGAUGCCCAAGUUUUGGAGCAUCUGCGUGGAGUUCCUGCUAUAGAAUUGGUAAACCACAAUUUGGUGACUCCAGAACACCGCAGAAAUGGAAUGAUCUUUGCAUUUGGACCCACCGUGGAACCUUACGUGGGUGAGGAUUGUGUGGUGCCCAAGCUGCCGGUGGAAAUGGCUCGCGAGGCCUGGACCAACGAACUGCCUGCCAUGCUGGGAGGAACAUCCUUCGAGGGUCUCUUCAUGUAUCCUGCAGUCUCUGCCAAUCUCCAGGGACUGGACAACCUUACCAAAGAUCCCCUGAGGAUGGUGCCGUUUGAUGUUCGGGCAGUGAACACUGAAAAGGACAAUCUGGAGUUCAGUCAAAAGCUGAUUAAAACUUACUUUGGAGAUGCCCCGCCAAGUUCCAAGCUCUUUAUGAAUAUUUUGGAUUACUAUUCCUACAAGAUCUUCUGGCAUGGAUUUAAUAGAACUUUGAAUGCCAGGCUUGCGUAUGCAAAGGCUCCUACAUACUUUUAUCGCUUUGACUUUGAUUCCCCGACCUUCAACUUCUAUCGCACCAAAUUCUGCGGAGACAAUAUUAAAACAGGAGUAGCGCACGCUGAUGAUCUCAGUUACUUGUGGCGAAACGCUGCGAGCUGGAAGCUGGAAAAAUCCUCUAAGGAGUACCAAACAAUUCAACGAAUGAUUGGUAUUUGGACAGCCUUUGCUGCAAGCUCAAACCCAAAUUGUCCGGAAAUCGGUGAAGUUAUUUGGAAGCCCUCAACUAAAGAAAAUCCUAAGUUGGUGCUAAACAUCAGUGAUGAAGUAAAAAUUAUUGAUCUGCCUGAGUACGAAAAGCUGCAGGUGUGGGAUGGCAUCUACAAGCCGGAACAGUUGAUUUAGAUAGACAAUU